GGUGAGAUGCUACGUCUACGGUAGCCCAAUGAGAUUGAUUCCCCGUUUCUCGUCCUUCUCUCCUCUCAUCAGAAUUUCUGAGCAAUAAUAGGGUGGCCUUCGCCUUCGCUCCCCAGGGGGUCCUCACACCAAACCCUUCAUUCCUUCCCCAUCCUUGGCUUGAGUCGAGCCUCCAAGAAGCCAAGAAGGGGAGCAAGAAGCGAGAGGCCGGAGAGAGCUGCGGGGAAGCUAUCAUCCUGCUGAGGUUGGGGACGAACAGCAACGUCUCAGCCGACGACGACGACGACACCACCUACCCCCCACCAACCGAACCCUCCUUCCUUCCCUGGGAGCUGAGGUGAGCGGGCCUUUUGGUCGAGCAGUAGGUGGGCACCUAACCCAGCCAGCGAGCGGGCAAGUACAAGUGAGUUUUUGUUUGAGUGAGUGAGGCCGGCCGGCGGCGGGACUGGAGGGAGGAUGAAGAAGCUGUACCAGCCGGGGAAGGGCCGGAGGGUGCACCCGGCGCCCGUGCCGGCUGGGGAUGUGGCGCUGGCGGCGCUGCUGCCCGCGGCCGUGAUGGCGCUGGCGGCGGCGCUCACGGCGGAGGAGCAGGAGGUGCUGGCGUACCUGCUGUCCGGGAGCUGUAUCGGCGGCGCGCGGCGCAGCAGCAGAAGGCAGCACGGCCCGCACCCGCCGGAGAUGGGCUGCGGCUGCUUCGGCUGCUACAAGAGCUUCUGGGCCCGCUGGGACGCGUCCCCCAACCGCCACCUCAUCCACCGCAUCAUCGACGCCGUCGAAGAAGGGUCCAGCGCCGCCAACGGAGGAGGAGGAGCUGGUGCUUCUGGGCCCGCGCGCCGCAACCACCGCCGCCGCCGCCGUGGCCGCGGGCGAGGCGCUGCCGCUGGCGAGGAAGACGGCCCCGCGGAGGCUGACGUCAGCGUGGCCCGCCACCAUGGCUGCGCCUCUGACGGCGGCGACUACGAAGGGGACGAGGACGACGAGGCGGACAGCGUCUAUGGCGACGAGGGCGAGGGGACCGACGACAGCGACUGCGCCGGCUCUCCCGCCGCCGGGAACGCCGAGAAGAGCACGGUGGGGAAGCUGGUGCGCUUCAUCGGCGAGAAGGUGUGGGGCGCCUGGACCUGAGCUAAGCUCAGCAUCUUCAGCUGCUGCUGCUCGCUUGUUCUUGUAGAUUAGGGGAUGGGGAGGAAGGAGACCACCAAGAAGGUCAGGUCAAGGUACUGCUAGUUGUUUUGAUGAUCAAAGAGCAUCUCUGCUCUAAUGCUUCUUUUGAUUUCUCUUGCACUCUGAUGAGCAAUCUGAGGUUUGGAGGAGGGGUUAAGAUGUUGUAAUCCAAUCAAAAAACCCUUCCUUUCACCCUCUCAUGUACCAUAUUUUUGCUCCUUUGGUUCAACAAGAAACUCCUUUCAAGUGAACAAGAU